AUGAAUGACCAACAAGACAAACAAUCGAUUUUCAAUGACAGUUCACAGUCUAGUUCUGAUAACGAAGGAACAAAAGAUUUUAAAACAUGUGCCGUUUGGGCUGAAGGAUAUAUUGAAUGGUGGGAUCACGAAAAAAACAGAUGGAAGAGAAGUGGAGAGACUUCAUGGGAUGGAUAUGAAGUAGCUUGCUUAAAAAGUCUCAAGCAUUUUACGAAAGAAUUUUUUCAAGAGAUCAAGAAUCAACUCAAGUUCAGAAAAAGCAACAAUGCAAUUGAGAUCUAUGGUAUCACGAAAAAUGAGAAUGAAAUCAGAGGCCCGGUUCCCGACCUUCUUUUGGAUUUGAUACACAGAUGUUUGGAUAAAAAUCUCGAGAGUCGCCCAUCCUCGAGUAAACUGGCGAAAACUCUACAACGUUACUAUGUUGAUGUAAAUCUUGAAAAUGUGGAAUCGGAGAUAUAUAGACAAGUCAUAUCUAUUGAGGAAGAUACUGCGCGUUCACAACAAGAUCAUUCGAUCGAUUUUUCACAACUUAAUUCUGAUACCCACUCUACAGCUGUAUAUACAAGUCGUCUUUUGCUUGAAUCCAAACAAAUGGAACUUCAUAUUACAGAUACUAUUUCUUUUACGAGUGAAUAG